AUGAGCGCCUACGUAGCCAAUUCAUUCUAUAAGCAGAGCCCCAAUAUCCCUGCCUAUAACAUGCAAACUUGUGGGAACUAUGGAUCGGCCUCAGAGGUGCAGGCAUCCAGGUACUGCUACGGCGGAUUGGACUUAAGCAUCACUUUCCCACCGCCUGCGCCUUCCAACUCUCUCCACGGGGUAGACAUGGCUGCCAACCCCCGGGCUCACCCCGACCGCCCCGCCUGCAGCGCCGCGGCCGCUCCGGGACACGCUCUGGGCAGAGAUGAAGCGGCUCCUCUGAACCCCGGGAUGUACAGUCAGAAGGCGGCUCGCCCAGCGCUGGAGGAGCGAGCUAAGAGCAGUGGGGAGAUCAAAGAGGAGCAGGCGCAGACAGGGCAGCCCGCCGGACUGAGCCAGCCACCGGCCCCGCCACAGAUUUACCCGUGGAUGACCAAACUGCACAUGAGCCACGAGACUGACGGCAAGCGGUCCCGAACCAGUUACACGCGCUACCAGACUCUGGAACUGGAAAAAGAAUUCCACUUUAACCGCUACCUCACUCGCCGCAGGCGCAUAGAGAUCGCCAACAACUUGUGUCUCAACGAGAGACAGAUCAAGAUCUGGUUCCAGAACCGCAGGAUGAAGUGGAAGAAAGAUUCCAAAAUGAAAAGCAAAGAGGCUCUCUAG